GUCUACUCCGGCGCGCGAAUAGUUCGCCUCCUGACAUAAAGUAGUUGUCCACCGCUUUAUCCGACGAGCUUCUCCAAUACCCAAAUUUUAUUUGAUCGACGCCUGGUCUGAUCCAUGAACCCCGGCGGUGUUUUUGCCUCGACCAAACAAACGCCUCGUUAUCCCCCUCGAGAAAACAAUAGCAGGCAUGGCAUCCGCAAGCCAGCCAAGUCACGAGAGUACGGUGCACACGCUCUCCGAUCAUGAGAAGGAUAUUCCUCACGUCAUCCUAAGUGCUACUGGAGAUCGGUCGGAGUACAUCCAAGCAUUGGAAAAGCGACUCGAGGAGCUGGAGAAUAAGGUCCAGGGGCUGUUAGUAGAGAAAAGCAAGCCCAGCGAGAAAGAAAACAACCAAGGCGGUGAUGGAGAGUCGCGCAGUAGCCCCGGCGACGACGAACGGUCAGAAGCAAAAGAUAAAAGUGAAGAUGGAAAGUCAACCACAAGCGAGGAACAGGAAGAUGACAACAAAAGAAAGGAGGUUCACCGAUCCAUCAUCCCCAGGGCGCAGAAACAAAACCCGGUGAACUUCUUCAACCGAUUUCCCAACCAAAUUCAGAUCCCCGUGGUGGAGGUUUUGAUGGUGGACACCACGCUAUACGCAGCGUAUGAAGAAGAUGAGGAGUUCGGCCGGAGGUUGAAUGAAAGCAGUGCGUGCGAUGCGUUGGAAAUGAUACAAACACAAACAGAUGUCAAUCCGUAUAAGCCAGACGCGUCGAUGACAAUAAUCCGCAUCAACUCAGUCUCAGUUGUUAAAGAAAUCAUGCAAAUUCUCAGUCCGGAUCGAGAAUUCAACACCCCACUGUCAUUCGAGUCCCCGUUCCGCGCUUUGAUCCAAAAUCAUGACACGAUCAAGGAAAGGCUAAAUGAGUUGCCGGUCAAUAAUCAUUCGGAUAGCAAAGAGACAGAGACCAGUUCGGUCGAUGAGGAUCCCCAACUCAGCACCUUAUUACAGACCUACAUUGAGUUUAUGGAAGAAGAGGUCAUCCCUCUGCACCGGACCAAAAGCAACAAGGUCCGAUAUAAUGACCUAGCCUCCGUCUUUCAGCUAGGAGACAGCAUUUACGUAGCCAACACAGGCAGAUCUUCCAAGCCCGAUCCCGAGAUGUUGGGGCAACGAGAUUAUCAACGCCUGUGGAGGUUGUAUCGUAUAGUGAGCGGAACCGAUUUCCAACUCAAGUGCUAUGCCAUAGACUAUGAUGGCGAAGCCUAUGUCUGCGUUAAAAGGACGUUCGAUAUCCCGCAGUUUACCGGGGAACAAGAGAUAUCGAGCUUGCCGGUAUUCCCUCUUCGGUACGCGGAGAAUGCAGAGAAGAUCAAGGACGAGUGUCGGGAGCAAGGACGGAAGUUCCUGGAAUACUUGGGCACCAGGCUUCUGUCCCACAAUGGCUGGGCAUUGACCCCGGAAUCUAGUGUUCAAUCGCAUUCGCCAUUGCAAUAUGUCACUAGUGAUGUCGUAAUCGACAUGGCCGAAGCACUCAAGGCGCAUCCCAAUUGGAAGCCAGAAUGGAAAUUUCCCAAGACGACAGGGGACCCUCGUUUGCGCUAUGCAAUCUCUAUCUGGAACUUUUCCGAAAAGAAUGUUUUGAAGUAUGAUUCUCAGGAAGGUACGUUCUGGAACUAUGAGCGUAUAGGGAAGGUUGAGUACUGUACCAAAACCGAUCCCUUUCUGUCAAGCUGGUUCCGCGACCAAGGGAAGACAUACAAGCCGCGAGGCGGUGAUCUCGAGCUGCUCCCACGCCGACUAUUUUCAUACGUACUGCAAGACAGGAAGUUUGUGGCAGUGGAUAUCCGGAACUUGAAGCCGGUAGAUGACCAUGGGACCCAUUCAGGCUUGAUAAUCGACAAGAAUCACGAGAGCAUGCUGCGUGCACUGGUUAGCUCCCAUUUCAAACGGAAAGAGCUCCACGACUCGCUCGGAGCGUACAGCAUGAAUCAAGAUAUCAUCACAAACAAAGGAAGGGGACUGAUCAUUCUGCUAUAUGGUGUACCUGGGGUAGGGAAAACAUCAACGGCCGAGAACAUUGCGCAUUCCUGGAAGAAACCGCUUCUUCCCAUCACCUGCGGGGAUCUGGGAACCCAACCUGAUGCUGUCGAAACAAGCCUGAAGGAAAUAUUUCGGCUGGCACAACUUUGGGAUUGUAUCCUCUUGCUCGAUGAAGCCGACGUUUUUCUCUCAGAGAGGACACCGGCUGCGUUGGAAAGGAAUGCUCUUGUUUCAGUGUUUCUUCGAAUGCUAGAGUAUUACACGGGAAUACUCUUCCUUACUACCAACCUGCCCGGCAGUAUUGACGAGGCUUUCAAGUCCAGGAUUCAUAUCAGCCUUUACUAUCCACACCUCAAGAGGGACACUACCUUGAAGAUAUGGGACAUGAAUUUGCAACGUCUGGCAGCAAUUGAGAGCGAACGCGCCAAGGUCGGGCAGCAACCGUCCCUCACUAUUGACAGCAAAGGAAUAAAGCGGUUCGCAAAAAAGCACUACCGCGAAAAUGAAGAUGGGAAGGGGCGGUGGAACGGGCGACAGAUCCGCAAUGCCUUUCUCAUCGCCUCAGCUCUCGCUCAUUUCGAAAAGAAAGAUCUUAACACAGCAGGUAUCACUUCCGAGACUUCUGUCACGUAUUUUGAUAUCAGGCCUGAGCAUUUCGAAGUGGUGGCGGAUGCUAGCAUGGGAUUUGAGCGUUACCUGCUCGAGGCCAGGGGCCGCACAGCAGGCGAGAAUGCUUUCCAGCGCGGACUCCGGGCAGACUAUAUCCUCACAUCACCUGAGAAGCUUAAGGAAUCGCCUUAUGUGCCAGGUCACGAUGAUCGUCAGGGCAGUGUCUCCACAGGGCCCUUCUCCCCUGCCCCGAAUCAGCACUGGAAUAGCUUGGCACAAGGUACCGGUGGAGGAUAUGUCCCCAACCAGCAACAAACAUGGCAAUACAACGAAGGUCAGCACAAGGGACACCAAGGAACCCAGGGAAUGCUCUCUGCGGAACAAUAUGGUGCCCAGCAAACUAUGGGUGCCAACGUCAAUAGUUUUGCAGGCCAACCGCCAAACAACAUUGGCCCUCAAGGAUCGCCAUCGCCGUGGAAUACAGGCGUACAACAGCCUUCUCCUUAUGGAGGCCCCGUGCCUAACCAGCCACAGCCCUCGGCUUAUGGAGGCCCCGUGCCUAACCAGCCACAGCCAUCAUCAUAUUACGGAGGUCAACACAGUGUGUACCCAGGCCCUGCGGGAAUGUUUUCUCCAGGUCAGCAAUUCAACUCCCAGCAAAUGACGGGAAUGGGAUCCCACGACAACAGAUAUGCGGCAUCAGCAACAAGUAACGUUGGACCUCAGGGAUCACCAUUACCAGGUCAUCGGUCUUCUCACAAGGGACCCUCUGGUUAUCCCGCCAGGGCACAGGACAACGACACGGAUGAUGAUUCGGAUAGAUGAUAGCGCUUCAAAGAGUGCCUGGCUAAUGGAUGAGGGUGUAAAGCCAGACGAAGCCCUUUGGAUGAGGUAGUUGGGGUGGAGGAAGUGGAGGAAGAAGAGGAAGAAGAGGAAGAAGAGGAAGAAGAGGAAGAAGAGGAAGAAGAGGCCGCCUCAACAGUCAACAGUCACCUGACUGACACACGGUGCGCCAACAGAGUAUUCGCAGUACUAGUACUCCGUACAUAGGCAGCAUGUACAAUAUCAG